AUGGAGCUCAUUGAAGAAUACCUCAUCCCUGUCUUGAACACCAUACUCCAGGGCAUUCCGCCCUCUCUGUAUCUCCAGCUAGCUUCCUACGUCACCGCAGCCAAUGACUAUUUUAACACACUUCGAUUCGCGUAUGCCGAACCGUACAUCAUCACUCCUAUAAACACCCUCCUCAACUCCCCGCCCGAUCUCUACUCAAUCCUGAUCCUUUUCAUCAUUCUCGUGAUCUCGCUUAAAGUCCUGGAUUACGCACGGCGGGUCAUAACGUUUUGGAUCAUUCUUUUCUUCCGGUUGGUAUUCUGGGGCUCGAUCCUAGGUGGCGGGUAUUAUGUGUAUACGGUUGGAUGGGGGAAGGCAUCACAAGAUGCAGCUUGGAUUCUGGGCUUGCUCGAGGGGUUUAUACAGCGGGUGUUAGCCGAGAAUGAUGCUUCUGGGAAAAGUGGAAGUCGGUCUCGAUAUAACUCUGCAGGGAGGGGGCGGAGAUAG